AUACUUCAUACUGCAUAUGCGCAGUAAGUACUCUUUUGUCCGGCAUCGACUGGUUGCGUGAAAAUUGCACGUUUUGGAGGCUUUUCACUCCACAAUUUUAUAAAAUGUUAUAGUUAUUCAUUAUUAUUUACUUGUGUUUAAUGUUAGUAUUUGUUGUUUGUUUAUUGUUUAUUCGAUUGCCAAGAAUAGGUCUAAAUCAUGCCUGAACAAAUUGAUGAAUCCUCAAGCAGUGAGAGUGAUAUUGAGAAUUACUUACAAAAACCAGAAGAUCUCAAUUUAAAUUCAACCUUUUUCAAAGUUGAUAAAACUCCUACUAUAAAAAAGAGUAAAGUUAAACAAAGUAGAACUGCUCUCAGUGAUUCAGACUCUGAUGAUCCUUUAAGUAUUUACACAAAAAAGGAUGAACCAGUUGCAUCAACUUCCCAACAGUUCCAAGCAUCCAAUUCAGAUGAAACUCCUGAGAUUCCUGUGCUUGAAGCAUUCACACAUCAGAAUAAACAUGUUCUGGAGUUGGAAGAAGCGAAGAAGCAAGUGGAAGCUUACCUUGCAAAAAGAAAUGCUGAGAAAACAAAUGAAAAUGAUGAAAUUACUGAUUUGUUAGCACAUGGGGAGAAACCUUUUGAUUUGGCUAAAGAUUUAGCCGAAGUUGGAUUUCACCCAAGUGACUUUGAAUCAGACAAUGAGUCAGAAAAAGGUGACUGGGAAGAGGUGCAUGAAUCAAAAGAGAAAAACAUUAUUCCUGAACAAGGUGUGGAGAUCACAGUCUCAAUGCCAACCACAGUCAAAAAGAAAAAAGGUAUUGAUCUAAUGGCAGCUAUAAAACGACGCAUGAAUCGCAUCAGGAAAGAAAAUCAGGUUUAUGUACACAAAGUACAUUUGUUGUGCUGGAUUGCACAUGGCAACUACCUCAAUAAUAUCCUCAACAAAGAGAAUAUUAUGGCAAUGGCACUGUCAUUGCUCCCUACAAAAGAUUGUUAUCCACCUGCGAGGACCAACUUGAAGUAUUUGGAACAAAUAACUAGAUGGUAUCACAAAGCAAUGCAGUAUAAACCAGAAAAGGAUGAGAAACAUGUUAAUACUGAUUUGGAGGAAGUUAUUCUUGAGAAAAUUGGGAAUAAAGUUGCUACAAGCGCGAAUUUGUUAGUUUAUAUAUUUGUUGCAAUGUUACGCGCGUUAGGCAUGCAAUGCCGGAUUGUUUUGUCUCUGCAGAUUGAACCUUUAAGGCCGCCAAUGAGUGAAUUGUGUUCGUUAAAGAAUGAAACUAAAAUUAAACCAGUUGUGGCUAAAAAUGCGCCGUCGAGUGAAGAAAAAGUAAAGAAAACGCAUAAAAAACCUGCACAAAAGAAGGUAAAUGAUAAAGUUGAUAAAGAUAAAAGCAAAAAAGUAGAUGUUAAACCUAGUUUAAGUAAAUUAGACACAAAAUCAAGUUUGGAUAACACUAAAUCACCGGAAAAAGAAAAAUCUGAUAGAAAACACACUAGAUCUCAAACAAAGAAUGAUGAUUUUAAAAAAACAGCAUCCACACGUUCGAAAUCAGCUUCUAAUGAAACUAAACCGAAAGAUACUCUUGAUUUACCUCAGGUAAAGACGUCAAACAAGCGUUCAAAGUCUGCUUCAACUGAAAACACGAAACAAUCUAAAAAUGAUGCAAAUAUUGCAGUAUUAGAGACUUCAGAGUCUAAAAAAUCUUCAAAACCCAAUUUAAAGAAGUUAAACUCUAGUAAGGAUGAUAUUGUUGAAACAAAGAGUGAUGAUUUCAAAAAACCUGCAUCUACACGUUCAAAAUCUGCUUCUAAUGAAACUAGAACAAAAAAUACUCUUGACAUACCUCAAAAAACAACAUCAAACAAACGUUCCAAGUCUGCUUCAACAGAAAAACGAAAAAAUCUAAAACACUUGCCAGUAUUGAUGCAAAGGUUGCAAUUAGAAGCUUUGGAAGCUUCAGAGUCUAAAAAACCUAAUUUAAAGAAGUUAAGCACCACUAGCAGCACUAGUGACGAUGAUUUUGUUGAUAAAGCCUCAUGGAGAAGAUCAAAAUCACCUCAAGUUCAAAAAUCUACAAACACUACUGAAAAACGUGCAACACGUAGUAGAAAACCAGCAUAUCCAACAAAUCCAGCUUUGAUGGAUUCCAUGCUACAAUCAGAUGAUGAAAAACAAAAGAAAUUAACAAACAAAAAUAAAAUAAAAAUUCGUCCACCAACAAAAAGGAUAAUUCCACAAUUGGACGGAAAUGAUGAUAUGAGUUCAUCUGAUACUGAUAAAUCAACAAAACCAAAACUUCAAAAACUCAAAGAUGCAAAACUUACAAAACAAAAAAGCAAUAAUAAUAUUAAUCUAAACCGUAUAAAAUCACCUACGAAAAAUACUCCACCAAACAUAAGCACAUAUUUCUCACCAGAAAAAGGAAAUGUAAAAGAUGUCAUCAUCAGUUUAGUUAAACAAAACAUACGUGAAGAAAAACACAAAACAAGACAAAAAACCGUACGAAAAACUUACAAAGAAGAAGACAGUGACAGUGAUUUUGAACCUGGCACAAUAAAAAGAAGCAAACCAACUCCAGAAGAUUUAAAAGUCAAAGUUAAGAAACGUGUUCUACCUCGCAGUCAACUAGAAGCAUUGGCUAAAGAAAAAGCAGCAGAAGAAAAGAAGAAAACAAAAGGCAUUGAUCUCUGGGUGGAAGUAUUUCUAGAAGAAGAAGAAAAAUGGAUUAGUGCUGAUGUUGUCACAGGAAAAGUACAUUGUAUCAAAGAUAUCUACAACAAAGCAUCACAUCCUGUUUCAUAUAUCCUGUCAUGGGAUAAUGUUAAUAAAAUAAAAGAUGUUACAAAGAGAUACUGUCCUAAUUGGAAUACAGUCACACGUAAAUUACGAACUGAACCAGAAUGGUGGAAUGCGACGUUAAAACCAUACAUUGGAACAAAAACAGCUCGAGAUAAAGAAGAAGAUGAAGAUUUAGCUAGGCAACAAUUAGAUCAGCCAUUACCUAAGACUAUUUCAGAGUAUAAAGAUCAUCCAUUGUAUGUUCUAAAGCGCCAUCUGUUAAAAUUUCAAGCAUUAUACCCGGAAAAUCCGCCUGUAUUAGGUUUUAUCCGGAAUGAAGAAGUUUAUUACCGUGAAUGUGUUUAUAUAUUACAUUCACGUGAUAUUUGGUUGAAACACGCAAAAGUUGUGAAACCCGGUGAGAAACCUUAUAAAAUAGUAAAAGCACGGCCUAAAUAUGAUAAGCUCUCUAAUACAGUUAUAACCGAUCAAUUGUUGGAAAUUUUUGGAGUGUGGCAAGUUCAGGAUUAUGAACCACCAACAGCUGAAAACGGUGUUGUUCCGCGAAAUGCCUACGGAAAUGUAGAAUUAUUCAAACCGUGCAUGCUGCCGAAGAAAUGCGUUCACUUACAACUUCCUGGUUAAAAGGUUGCGGCCAAGUUAAAGAUCGAUUGUGCGCCGGCUGUAACAGGUUUCGAUUUCCACGGUGGUUGGAAUCAUGCUGUUUACGAAGGGUUUGUUGUGUGUGAAGAAUUCAAAGAUGUUUUGAUCGAUGCAUGGGAGCAAGAUCAAGCUGAGAUAACAAAACGCGAAGAAGAAAAAUACGAGAAACGCGUUUUCGGCAAUUGGAGGCGAUUGAUCAAAGCUGCGAUGAUUCGUCAACGACUAAAAUUACGUUACGAUUUCAAUGGAGAGAAACAAAUCGAUUUGAAUAUCUCACCAGAACCACCGGAAGUAGAAAAAGAAGUCGCAAGCCCAUCGAAACCAAAACGACCGAAGUUUAUGUCUCGCAAAUAAUCAUUUUAAAUCUUUUUAUAUCGAAUCGUAUUUUUGAUAAUAAAAAAACUAUUGUGUUAAA